UCCGUCACCGACAGCUAUGGUGGCUGCUGGUUUCUACGUGUAGACGGGCACCACAUGUUUUGGGGCGAAUCUAACGGUUUUGCAGGUUAUCUCGCUUCGUUGAGCGUCGUAGUCAGACUGGGAAGUGAGCAGGUGUUGCAGUGUGAGAAUGGCUAGCCCAGGUGCCGGUGAUCCCACUGGACCCUCUCGGACCCUGCACCCAGGUGCCGGAGGCCGGGUACUGGGACGCAGGCUACCGGCUGCGCUCUCUCCUGGACGCCUUCCUGCCAUGCGCUCCAGAGACCUUACUCUAGGCGGAGUGAAGAAGAAAACCUUCACACCCAACAUCAUUGGCCGUAAGAGUAAAGAAGAACUGAAAGCAGAUGAGGGGCCCAGGAGAGAGAGGAAGGAUGCGGAUCGGGGGCGACAGCGUGAUGGGCGUGGCCGGGGCCGGGGCCGCCCGGAAAUCAUCCAGUCCCAUUCCAUCUUUGAGCAGGGACCCGCAGACAUGAUGGCCAAAAGGAGAGGUGUGUAUGAUGACACGCGAGACACGCCCAACAGUGGCCCCUCCCCAAUCAUUAAUAUUAAGAAGGAGAAGAGAGAGACAGAGGAGGAGACCAAGGAGAUUCUGCGCAAGUUAGAGAGAGACAAUUUUCUGGAUGACCCCCAUCUGAGGAGCGAGGCACGGAGCUACCCCGUUCAGCUGCCCCUGGCUGUGUCUGGCUGGGUCUUUAAAGAGGACCUUGGGGAAAGCGCACAGACAGGCUGCCUCAAAACAGAGAAGAGCUCUGGAGAAGACGAACCGAUGAACACAGAGAGCGCUGAGGCUACGGUUACAGUCAAGCAAGAACCUCCCGACACGCCCGAGUUAAAGAGGGUGGAGCCUAUGUUCAGGCCCCCGCCCCUCCCCGCACCUCAUUCAUUGCCCGAGCUGCUUCAAGUGUGGGGUCAGUGCAAAGAGGAGGAGCUACUCUUCAUGCAGCUCCCUGAUUCGCUGCCAGGCCAACCGCCGACCAGUGACGUCAGACCAACCAAAACCACGGUGCAGUCGGGGGAUGGACAAACCAUGCUGCAGAAGACUGAGGACAAGCAGGAGGAAGCUAAGGAAGAGAACUGCUGUUCUCUGAGGGACCUGCAGGAGGGGGUGGUGGGCCGUAUGCUGCUGAGACGAUCGGGCCGAGUGCAGCUCAUCCUGGGGAGCGUGACGCUGGACGUGGCGCUGGGCACACCUUGCGCUUUCCUUCAGGAGCUGGUGUCAGUUGGGAUGGAGGCCAGAAGAGGAGAUAUGACUGUGCUUGGCCACAUUAAACACAAACUGGUGUGCUCACCUGACUUCGAGGCUCUUCUGGAGAACAAAGCUUGAGGAGAGUGAGGGUGGAGAACAGUGUGUCUUCUUAUGGGGUCUCAUUUGAGUUUACGGAGGUGUUCUAUUUAUUAGCAGGAGAUGUAGAGCUCUUGGUCUUGAAUGAUACUUAUUUAUACACACAAUUCAGUUUAUUCAGGAAAUUAAAUUGACCUUGACCAGGUUCUGAGAAACACAUGUAAAGGUGGAGAAGUGAUGAUUAAAAUACAGCAUGUUUGUCUCAGGCACUUGAUUGUUCUUAGUAUAUGAAUAAUGAUCAACCCUAAGAAUGUUGUAAAAAUGCAGAAUGUUAGAUAUGAUAUACAUGUUGCAUAUUACAAAGAAUUUUUAAAAAGUUCAAAGCAUAUUAUUUCGUCCCGUCAUACUUUAUUAAAAUGUCUUAUUAUUUAGUCACAUAACCUCAUCAA